CUACUUUGUGCGCGUUCUCUAUCUACCAAUCAAAUCACAGUCACGGAGCAAAGCUCUCUUCUUCUCCGUCACUGCAUCUGCCACACUCAUUUUCUCCUCUCUAGGGUUUAUCGGCAUUUCAUCUCAACCUCUCUUCUUCUCAAAAUGCCGUCUCCACAGCUUCGGGAAUCCAACCGCUAGUGCACCUGCUUUUGCCGAUGUGCAAUGAAUAUCUUAUUUGCUGCCGUUCCAGAAAUGUUGAAUUCUGAACUGAGGUAAGAUGAGUAGGACUGAAUUAUCGAGGACGAAGUCAUCGCCGGUUCCAUUGGGAACUCUAAUUGGCCGUGAGAUUCGAAAUGGAAAAGUUGAAAAACCUUUCGUGAAGUAUGGACAAGCUGGAUUGGCCAAGAAAGGAGAAGAUUACUUUCUGAUCAAGACGGAUUGCCUCAGGGUUCCGGGGGAUGCAUCAACGGCGUUUUCUGUCUUUGCGAUCUUUGAUGGGCAUAACGGGAUAUCUGCUGCUAUUUUUGCAAAGGAAAACUUGCUAAAUAAUGUUUUGAGUGCAAUACCCAAUAUUAGCAGGGAUGCCUGGCUUCAGGCCCUUCCGCGCGCCCUGGUUGUUGGCUUUGUGAAGACUGACAUAGAGUUUCAGCAAAAGGGGGAAACUUCCGGAACGACAGCUACAUUUGUUUUAGUUGAUGGAUGGACUAUAACUGUCGCAUCUGUUGGGGAUUCACGCUGCAUAUUAGAUACUCAGGGAGGUGUUGUUUCUCUCUUGACAGUUGAUCACAGAUUGGAAGAGAAUGCGGAGGAAAGGGAGCGUGUGACUGCCAGUGGUGGUGAAGUAGGAAGACUCAAUGUAUUUGGAGGCAACGAGGUUGGGCCUCUUCGCUGUUGGCCUGGUGGAUUGUGCCUAUCUAGAUCAAUUGGUGACACAGACGUUGGGGAAUUUAUUGUGCCAAUACCACAUGUUAAGCAAGUGAAGCUUUCAAAUGCUGGUGGAAGACUUAUUAUAGCCUCUGAUGGUAUUUGGGAUGCUUUAUCAUCUGAUAUGGCUGCCCAGUCGUGUCGGGGUCUGCCUGCAGAGCUUGCUGCAAAACUAGUGGUUAAGGAAGCUCUGAGGUCAAGAGGCCUGAAGGAUGAUACAACCUGCCUUGUUGUAGAUAUUAUUCCUUCGGACCUUCCUGUAUUACCACCAACUCCAAGAAAGAAACAUAAUAUGCUAACUUCGCUUCUCUUUUUUGGGAAAAAGUCUGAGAACACAGUGAGCAAAGCUACCAAUAAGCUUUCUGCAGUUGGUGUUGUGGAGGAGUUAUUUGAAGAGGGUUCUGCAAUGCUUACUGAAAGGCUGGGUAAGGAUUUUCCGCUUAAUAAGAAUUCUGGCAUUUUCCGCUGUGCGGUUUGCCAAGUAGACCAACCCCCUGGUGAUGGUUUGUCGGUGAAUUCUGGACCUUUUUUCUCUCCUGCAUCUAACCCAUGGGAAGGCCCAUUCCUCUGCACAAAUUGUCGGAAGAAGAAAGAUGCCAUGGAAGGAAAAAGGCCCAGCAGAACCACCGUUAUAGCAUAGUAAUUAUCUAGUAUUACAGUAACAUAGUAAAUAUUAGUAUAAUUUUUCUCUGGCAGUGUGAGCAUGGUUGAUUUUAUAUUUGCGGUGAUUGUCAUAGAUGUGUAAGAAAUGGGUUGAGAAUGUCUAGUAGGUGUUGUGGAGCUUGCUGUAAGUUUGAUUCUGGCUUUUGCUCAGCUGUUGGACUGACUGACAGAACAAACAAUUUGUCUCUGGUAGAUAAAAAAUUGUAGUGGAAUGUGCUACUAACGGUUUGUAUUUGUAAGUAACUGAAGCUUUUGUGGCUGCCUCUCUUUUGAGAGUACUUCAAUGCUACAGCCCAAAUGCAUUUGUCUCUUCCAACCUGUGUUAUACAAAUACAAUAUAUAUCAAUUGUAUCCGAA